CGGACCUGUAUAAAGCAGACAGCAUCCGGGUAUAAGUGGCAGUGCUCAAGAACAACUGCCUGUCGCAUCAGGAAAACCAACUCCUGAUUUUGGUAGCUUACUAGAUACAGGUUGACUUGAAAGAAAUAUUACGCAUUUCUUACUAUUUGUCGGCUAUUCAAUAUGACGCUCAACAGUACCAGAGACAGUCCGCCGCCACCUUACGAUGAAAAGAACGAUCGAUUUGCGGCCACAAAUUACGGUUAUAUCUCGGACAAAUCUGACCAAGUUGACAUCGUAAUAAGUGUGGACGGAAAAGAGAAGAAAGAUCCACCGUUGAAAGAUGAGUCUGAAGUGGAAGUUGUGAAUGAGCAAGAAGAUCCUUGGAAGAUCACUAAUGUCUACGUCAAAGUUGUUCCCUGGUCAGAAUUAUCAACAUGCGGAAAAUUCAAACGCGUACUGUGGGAUUAUUUUGGAAAGUUGGUUGUACUCGUAGGCUUACUAUACCUCUUUAUAUGCUCAAUGGACUUUUUAAGCAAUGCGUUCAAACUUAUUGGUGGUAGAGCUGCAGGGUCAACUUUUGCAGAAAGCCAAGUUCUUUCGAACCCCGUGGCUGGCCUUAUGAUAGGUAUCCUAGCAACUGUCCUUUUACAGUCAUCGUCUACCACAACGUCCAUCGUCGUCAGUAUGGUUGCUGCAAAAAUUGUUCCUAUACGAAAUGCUAUACCAAUGGUGAUGGGAGCUAAUAUUGGAACAUCAGUGACAAAUACGUUAGUUUCAAUUACUCAGAUAGCCAACCAGAAUGACUUCCGGCGGGCAUUUGCUGGUGCCACCGUCCACGACAUGUUUAACUGGCUCACCGUUAUUAUUCUCCUUCCUAUUGAAGCAUUAACUGGGUACCUUUUCCACUUAUCAGAAGAGAUAAAAAACAGCAUGCAUUUACAGACAAAUGAGGGUGCUGAUCAGGAAUACCUGAAAAAACUGACAAAACCAUUUACACAUCUCAUUAUCCAGGUUGACAAAAAGGUUAUAGAACAAAUAGCACAUGGAGAUCCUGGGGCCAUGAACAAGUCAAUGAUAAAGCAUUGCUGUGUUAAAGAAGAAGUCGAUGUACUGAGAUGGAAUACUUCAGAGAACUGGAAUACUUCGGAACACUGGAAUUAUUCAUACACGGCCACCGAGAGUGUGUGUCUUGAGAAAUGUAAAUACCUAUUCGAGGGUGUGGCAAAUACAUGGAGUGAUACAACAGUUGGUAUCGUCUUACUGGUCAUCGCCCUGGUAACGCUAUGUGUGUGCCUCGUUCUCAUUGUAAAAACCCUCCAUUCUCUUUUAAAAGGCAAACUUAGCCUGUGGAUUAAAAAGUUUGUCAAUGCCGACUUUCCGGGUAAACUAGCAUAUUUCACAGGGUACCUGGCUAUUUUGGUAGGCACGGGACUAACAUUUCUCGUACAGUCGAGUUCUAUAUUCACAUCAGCUUUAACGCCAUUGGUUGGAAUUGGAGUAAUAUCUGUUGACAGAAUGUACCCAUUGACCCUUGGAGCUAACAUCGGUACAACAACAACAUCAAUACUGGCUGCCCUUGCACAAAGUGCAGAAGAUAUUCCACUGGCUUUACAAAUAUCGCUUUGCCAUUUAUUUUUCAAUAUUUCGGGCAUUCUUUUGUUUUUUCCAAUACCUUACCUCCGGUUUCCGAUUCGAAUGGCAAAGGCUCUUGGAAAUGUGACCGCAGAAUAUCGGUGGUUUCCGAUAGUCUAUCUAUUAUUUGGAUUUUUCUUACUUCCGGGUGCCAUUUUUGGACUAUCACUGGUCAGCUGGGAAGUAAUGGCUGGGGUGUGCAGUCCGAUUGCGUUUCUCUUAGUAGUUAUAGUUGCAAUUAAUAUUUUACAAAAUAAAACACCAAAAUGCCUUCCCAACAUUUUAAGAACAUGGGCAUUUUUGCCAGAGCCAUUGCGUUCGUUAAAGCCAAUAGAUCGUCAGAUACAAAAACUGAAAAUAUUCUGCUCUUGUUGCUGCAAGAAAAAUGAGGAUGAAACUGAAUCGACCAAGACGGAUACGGACAAAGCUGAAGUCACCAAGUUCUAAAUACUUAAAAUGUUAUUUUGAAGAUCUGUUAUUUUAGGCACAAUAUAUUUGUAAUGUAUAACACAUGACCGUAUAGUAUAAUAUCUUGUAAAUAUAAUUUUGUUAUAAUUAUACUGAAACGCUUUGAAAAAGCAGCUGCGAAUAUUGUCAGUAUAAAUCAUGUCUUCAUUGAAAUUUUUAAAGAACGUAGAAUUAUUUACCAAAAAAACAGCCUGCACAUCCGUGCCUGCACUAUUCGCUAUUCAGUCAGUAAAUUUUCAUUGACCACCCCUUCGAAUAAUAUAUGGUACUGCCCAAUUGAAUGAUGGACCAGUCCAUUUUAGAAAUUUAGCAGGGUAAGGGUUAAGAGAUAAGCACCGAAUAACUUUGUUUCAUGUAUGUACGACUUAAAAUAUAAUGAUUCGAAAUGAUAUGUAACAGGUAUACAUGCUUUAAGGAAAGUAGUACUCCGGGUAUUCUCAAUUAUUUGUCAAGACAUCAAAAAGUGUUGCGUUUUUAAUGCGUUUCAGUAUACCCGCUUAAUUAUAUAACAUUAAAAAUACAGAAGCCGAAAAACAAAAAUAUUUUUUGUUUUUAAUAUAAUUAUUUUUAACACAUUGCUUUCAUGAAACGAUUUGAUCAGUUUUUGAUUUGUUCAAAUUGUAAAAAGACAACUCGGCGAGCAUCUUGUUUUUAUUGAAAAAAAAAAUAUUUGUAGUCAUGUAGUAAAUUGCACUUUUAUCCGCAAAAUACUUUUGAUUGAAAGGUAACAACAUUACAGUUUUUAACUGUUAUUUGUAUAUUCAAUACAAAUUGUGUGUAUAUAUUGUUUGCAAAUAUUUAAAACAAUUUAGUUAUAAAACUGUACAUUAUGUAUAUAUUUUUACAAAGAUUUGUUACCUCUGUUAUAUUGGAUUUUGUUACAAAUAAAAAUUGUUAACACCA